AUGUCCCGCCUCUCAAGUUCACGGUCUUCAUCGACCUUGUCACUCAACUCUUCCCUCUCUUCCAUUACCACACCAGACUCAGACUCUGAAGCUAGACCCCUGGGAAACAAUGUUUUUCCGCUGGGAACCAGUGAUAGCUUCAUUCUUGUCACCGGAGGCCUCGGCUUCAUUGGCUCACACACCUCGCUUGAGCUUCUGAAAGCAGGAUACAACGUCAUCAUCGUGGACGAUCUCAGCAACAGCUAUCAUGGAGUCUUAAGCAAGAUUAAUGUCCUCGCUCAAAAGCAUUGUGCGCAACAUGGACUCAAGCUUCCAACACUGCACUUCCACAAGCUUGACUAUCGCAGCAAGGCUAUGAAGUUCCUCUUGGAGUCCUAUUCGACGCUUGUGCCGACCUCCACAGACUCAGAAGAGUCUAUCAGGGUCCAGUCCAAGAUUUCGGGUGUCAUUCAUUUUGCCGCUUUCAAGUCUGUGAGCGAAUCCAUUGACAAGCCGUUCCAGUACUACCGCAAUAAUGUCUGUGGGCUUGUGGAUUUUGUCGAACUACUUGGAAGACACAACAUCCACAAGUUUGUCUUCUCGUCUUCAGCUACAGUCUAUGGGUCCAAGGCUACAAAGGGCGAGCGCUUGAGGGAAGAAGACGUCGUUCAUCACGAAACAUUGUAUCUUGAUGAGUCAAAUAACGAAACUUUGGCAGAACCAUCGGUUUCUGGCUUGUUGUCGCCUUAUGGACGCUCCAAGUACUUUUGUGAAGCUAUCCUCGCAGACAUCGCACACGCCGACCCAUCUUGGCGCAUUGUUGCUCUGCGAUACUUCAACCCCAUCGGGUGCGACCCAUCUGGACUCCUUGGUGAAGAUCCCAAGGGCAUCCCAACGAAUCUAUUUCCAGUCAUCGCACAGGUUCUUACAGGGUCUCGACCCGAGCUUGACAUAUUUGGCACGGACUGGGAUACGAGAGAUGGUACAGCGAUUCGAGACUUUAUCCACGUUACGGACCUGGCCCGUGGGCAUGUCGCGGCUCUUAGCGCAGAUGUCGAGUCACCGUUUCGCACGUUCAACCUUGGCACAGGAAAUGGCACUACAGUUGCCGAGGCUGUGCGCAGUCUGGAGUGUGCGUCUUCACAGAGGAUAGCAGUCAAUCUAGCGCCACGGAGAGUCGGUGAUGUGGGGUUCUGUGUUGCGGCUAACGACCGAGCCCAGAAGGAACUUGGCUGGACGGCGAACAAGACUUUGCAGCAGUGCGCAAGCGAUUUGUGGAAUUUUGUUCAACAACCGCCGUCAGCUCAAUCUGGGACUUCGUAG